UGGGAUGCCAUUGCAGUGAGCUCCUGUCCCGCGGAAAUCUCUCGCUCCGUGUUUCUCUAUAUGUUUGCACUUGUGUUUCCUUCUCCCAAAGCCUCUUCGUCGUCUUCUUCUUCUCCUCCGUCUUGUUGUUGCUUCUCAGAACAAAAGAACGUUAGCCCCACAAAGUGGGUUGAAAAACAGGCCAGGCAGGGAGGGACCGUAAGGAGUUUAAUGCGCCCUCAGAACUUGUCAGCUCUGGCAGAAGCCUUCAUUUAUUGAUAAAUCCACCAAGCAGAGUCUUUCUAUUCACCACAAAAUUUUAUAUCGAAUGUACGGCGUUUGUCUCUGAUUGAGUGUUACUGUUUAGAGCUUCCCGAGCUCCUUCUUCCUUCAGGCUUCAGUCUCAUGCAUGGUUAAGAAAGCAGCUGCGCCUUCUGUCUUUCCCAACUUUAAGCCGAACCUCGGGAUCACUUUGUAGAAGAAUAUCAUGUCGUCUCUGGAAGCACGAAUCGGUCGACAUCGGCAACGUUAUGAAAACAAUCUUCGCCUCGUUUCUGGAUGUAUUCCUUACAGGCUGUCAAAAGAAGAAAAAGAUCAUAGUGAGAAGGAAAACUGUAUAGAAGUUCUCAUGGUUUCAUCACCAAAUCGUGAUGACCUAGUUUUUCCAAAGGGUGGAUGGGAGGAUGAUGAGACUGUUUUAGAAGCUGCUUCUCGUGAGGCCCUAGAGGAAGCAGGAGUUAAAGGGACACUUAACGAAAAUCUCCUCGGAAUCUGGGAGUUCAGAAGCAAAAGCAAACAGGACAUUUGCAGCCUGAAAGGAGGCUGCAAAGGGUACAUGUUUGCAUUAGAGGUCACUGAGGAGCUUGAGACCUGGCCAGAGCAGAAUAAUCGCUAUAGGAAAUGGCUAAAAAUUGAAGACGCAUUUAGACUCUGCCGGUACGAAUGGAUGCGUAUGGCUCUGAAGGAGUUUCUUAGAGUUAUGGCAGAAGAAGAGAAGUCUCCUUCCACGCCAGUGCCAGGUGUUGUGGCAGAUUGUCAAAUUAUGACAUCAAAAUGUAAAGCAGUGCCAGAUGUUGUGGCAGAUUGUCAAAUUAUGACAUCAAACUGCUGUGCAAAGCCUACUAAUGGUCAACACCAUUGCAUGAGUCCUAUCAGCCCAUACCCUCUUGGCAUAUGCCUCUCGAGAGGUUGCCUUUGACAUGAGUAGUGAGUACGUUUCUACAUCUUGCAGUAGGUUCCUGUAAUGAGUCAAUUGUGGUACGUUGCUGUAACGAAUUAAUUAGCUACGUCCAGCAGCUCCUUCAAACCGGAGAUAGACCAAACUGUGAGCCAUGGACUGUUUAGUGAAACCAUCUUCAUUUCAUCUCCAUUAAUUGUCUUAAAAUUUUAAAUAUUGUUUCUUGGUUCCAAAAUUAUCUAAUCUAGCUAUGAUGGUAGAAGUUUCGAAUUCUCA